AUGGAAUUUGAUAAAGAAUUAGACUCUACUCUGAGGUUCAAGUCUUCGAAAAACAUACCGGUGGUGGCUUCUUUUGAGGAUAUGAAGCUGAAAGAUGACCUGCUGAGAGGUAUUUAUGAUUACGGGUUCGAAGAGCCAUCAGCCAUUCAGUCUAGAGCUAUCAAGCCAAUUAUUGCAGGCAGGGAUACCAUCGCGCAAGCUCAGUCGGGUACUGGUAAGACGGCCACUUUUGGAAUAGGUAUUUUACAAGUUUGUGAUACAAAGAGUAGGGAAACUCAGGCCAUCGUCCUGUCGCCUACCAGAGAACUGGCACUGCAAAUCCAAAAAGUGCUCAAAUCGCUGGGUAGUUUUAUGAACUUGCACUGUCAUGCGUGUAUUGGUGGUACCAGUGUUGGUGAGGAUAUGAAACAAUUUGGCAAGGGCCAACAGGUGGUGAGUGGGACGCCCGGUAGAGUGGUGGAUAUGAUCAAGAGAAGGACUCUUAAUACCAGAAACAUCAAGAUGUUGGUGCUAGACGAAGCUGACGAGUUACUCAACAAAGGAUUUCAGGAACAAAUAUACGAGGUUUACCGGUAUUUACCGCCAUCUACCCAAGUGGUAGUGGUGUCUGCCACGCUUCCCAACGAGGUGCUCUCCAUGACCAAGAAGUUCAUGAACGAUCCUGUCAAGAUCCUUGUGAAGAGAGAUGAUAUAACUCUCGAGGGAAUUUCGCAGUUCUACAUUGACGUGGAUAAGGAGGACUGGAAAUUCGACACAUUGUGCGACUUAUAUGACUCUAUGACCAUUUCGCAGGCAGUUAUCUUCUGCAAUACGAAGAAGAAGGUGGAUUGGCUUUGUGAAGCCAUGAGGAAGGCCAACUUCACGGUUGUAGCAAUGCACGGCGAUAUGAAGCAGGAGGAAAGAGACAAGAUCAUGCAAGAAUUCAGAUCUAGUCAGUCCCGAGUGCUGAUCUCGACCGAUGUGUGGGCACGUGGUAUUGAUGUCCAGCAAGUCUCUCUGGUCAUUAACUAUGACUUGCCGUACGACAGAGAGAUGUAUGUCCAUAGGAUAGGAAGGGCCGGCAGAUUUGGGAGAAAGGGUGUUUCCAUUAACUUCGUCACAAAAGAAGACAAGCCCGAACUUCAUGCACUCGAACGCUAUUACAGCGUGAAGAUCUCGGAGAUGCCUGCUGACAUCAACAAUCUUCUGUAA